AUUGUUAGAGAAUUUUUUUUGCCAUAUACACCAUUUUGGUGUUGAAGAUAUGCUUCUUGAGAUGGCCUAAAGAUUUCUCUUUUCUCCUCCAUGGAUGCACAAGUAGUAGGACGGCUUUCCUCUUCUUUUUCCCUCCAAUUCAGGUCAAAACAAGUUCCUUUUUCCGUCUCCGGCGACUCAAUUUCUCCUCAUAGAAGAAACUGCCCUUUCUCCAUUAAGGCUGAGAUGCGAAGUGGUAGCAACCGCAGCGGGAAAGAGUUCGACGAAGCCGCAUACGAGGCUGAACGGCUGAGGCUCGACGCGGCGGCGCGUCAGUCUAUGGCGGAGACCUCCGAGAGGGAAACCCGAAACGAGAGCGACCCGAAGGCGUGGAAAUGGGCCAUCCGGAAACGGAUAUGGGACUUGAUGGAAGCUCUGAACAUUGCCCAGUUCCCCAGACCCGUUCAUCAUCGGAUACCCAACUUCGUCGGCGCUUCUGUUGCGGCUAAAAAGGUGAGUGAAUUGGAUGUGUUCAAAGCGGCUAAUUGUGUGAAAGUGAACCCAGAUACACCACAGAAACAAGUGAGGUUUCUCACACUUAAUGGAAGAAAGAUACUAUUAACUCCACAGCCUCGUCUUAGGACUGGAUUUUUCUCCUUACUCGAACCUUCUCAGGCAUUAUUGAGUCCUGAUACUCUCAAAGAGGCUUGCACCUCUGCAGGUGUGGCUAAAUAUGGAAUGCCGAUUGGACUGGAUGAGAAGAUCAGAGUUGAUCUAAUUGUUAUUGGUUCUGUUGCUGUUGAUCCAACAACUGGUGCUCGACUUGGCAAGGGAGAGGGGUUUGCUGAGCUUGAAUAUGGCAUGCUACGUUACAUGGGUGCAAUUGAUGACUCAACACCUAUCGUCACAUCUGUACAUGACGAACAAUUGGUUGACGAUAUUCCUGUCGAAAAGCUAUUGAUCCACGACGUUCCAGUUGAUAUCAUAUGCACUCCAACCCAAGUCAUAUUCACAAAUACAACCAUCCCAAAGCCUCAAGGGAUUUAUUGGGAAGAGCUGUCUCCUGAAAAACUCAGUCAAAUCCUAAUACUAAGAGAGCUGAAGAGCAGAAUAGAACACGAGACAGGACAAAAGCUUCCAUGUGGUCCUUCCGAGAAGCUCCCCCCAACUGCUCGCCGGGGGAGACACUGAUGUCCCCUUGUAGGCUGUGGCUGGUGUGUAUUGUCAAAGCAUAAGAAUCUACUUGUUUGGAGUAACAUGUUUUCCGUACUACUAUAUUUUGUGGAUUAGUGAUACAGUUAACAAAAGGUUGUGGAAGAAUUCGAAUGUAUAGUCAAGAGUUCGUUCCAAUUAUUCUCUUAAUGAAGCAAAGUUUUGACGAGUUCACUAAUGACAUUGGGGUAUAUUUAUGGUCAUUCCUUACCUGUAUGAAUAUAUAAUUUCCUGCAUAUAUAAUUUUCCUUACCUGGAUGAUAUGGUAACUCUAUUUUAACUUACUGUAUGAAGUAUGAUUUCACAUUUUCACCAGAAAUGGCUGAGCCAAGGCCUUGGUUGCCUUCCCCGGUUCUCCGACCUAUACACGACUUGAUACUAUUAAUUCAUUGAAAGACAUGUGUCAAAGGGAAACUUUCAUCGCCCGAAAUCUAUUAUAUGCUUCGGAGUAUGGACUAAAGCCACCAAGAGAAUGGCGUGACUUUUAUUUGGAAAGUUUACACCCCUCCUAAAUUCUCCUUCCACUUAGUUGGCCCUUAUAAAUAGGCUUGUCAGUUUUGAUAAUCUUGACUAUUUAAAUUUGGAUAACACUUGUAUCUUUUGCAGAAUGGGCCGAAAAUGGUCACACACAUCUUUUUCCUUUGUCCUUUUAGUUGUAUGGUCUGAAGUGAAGUCUAGGAUUAGCUUGGUAUUGGUAGAAGCAUGACAAGACCUGCUAGCUUGAUAUAGUGGAUUCAGAAGUCUUGCAAAGGAGCUUUGAUCAAGUCAAAGGUUAUAAGGAUGGCGUUUUGCUGCACGAUGUACCGGAUCUGGAGAACAAGGAAUGCGACUCGCUAUGACGCCACGACUCUUAAAAAUUGGACAUAAUCGCCUAAGCCAAGAGCAUGAUCUAUAAAAUUUGUUUAGCCUUUUCUCCCAGAGUUGAUUGCUUUCUGAUUUUUGUUAAAAUUUUGGUCCCUUAACCCUUUUGUUUUCGAGCAAUUGUAGCUGGCUUUUGUUAGCUAUAUGUUUCUUUGAAUGUUAAUAUACAUUUUUGUUUAAUCAAAAGAAAUUGUUAUAUUUUGUCGAUUUA